AUGAUUGAAGAGCUCGUGAGCAAGACAACGCCUGGACAGGCGGUCGUGUACCUGCUUGGGGCAUUCUUCCUCGCCUGUUUGGCUCGCAAGAUCCAAGUGCAAUGGCAACUCUCGCGUCUGGGUAGCAGAGCCCCUAAGAUACCGUUUCGUCUUCCAUAUGGUUUGUUAAUCCCCUCAAUCUCUAGAAACUCCCAUGCUGACCGGCGACUCUCUUCAGCCAUGGACUUCAUCUACAAGUCCAUGCAAGCGAACAAAUCGGACCAGGACCUCGAGUACUUUACUGACGUUAUGAGAAACGCCAAAGGCGCGCCUUUGGCUGAGGAUAAGAAAACAGUGGAAUUGGAUGCUGGGAUCUCAAGCCGUAUCAUAUUUACUCGGGAUCCGGAGAAUAUUAAGGCCAUACUUACGGGACAGUUCUCCGACUAUGGCAAAGGCGAGUCCUUCCAUCGCGACUGGCGCGAGUUUCUGGGAGACAGCAUCUUCGUGACCGAUGGCGAACAGUGGUCUGCCUCGCGGCAUCUCAUCCGGCCUAUGUUUGUACGAGACCGUCUUGUGGAUACGGAGAUAUUUGAGAAGCACGUUCAACAUCUGAUUCCCCUACUGGCUGGUAACAACGAAAGCAAAAUUGUGGAUGUCACUUCCCUGUUUUUCCGCUAUACCUUGGAUGCUGCUACCAACUACCUCCUCGGUCAAGGAACAGAUAGCCUUCAAAACCCGGAAACAGAAUUCGCCGAGGCUUUCCGCUACGUGCAACGCCGCCAGGCACAAUACUUUCGGCUGGGUGUGUUCAAGUUCGUGCUCUCCCGAACAGAAUUCCGUCGCCAACUGAAGGUAAUGGAUGACUUCAUAAAACCCUACAUUGACCGUGUCCUCGCCAUGUCGCCCGCCGAACUAGACCAAAAACUCUCCAAAAGCGACACCUUCCUCCACGCAUUGGCUCGCUUCACUCGUGACCGCCGCACUCUUCGCGACCAACUCGUUGCCAUCCUCCUUGCCGGCCGCGACACAACAGCUGCCACUCUAUCAUUCUGUCUCUUUGAAUUAGCCCGCAACCCAGAGGUCACCGCCAAACUCCGCGAAGAGAUCGCAUCGCGCCUGGGCCUCGGCGCCUCCGCCCAAAAGCCCUCUUACACGGACCUCAAGGAAAUGAAAUACCUCAAUGCCGUCCUCAAUGAAUCAAUGCGCCUUUACCCCGUCGUCCCAUUCAACGUCCGCUUCUCCCUAAAGGACACAACCCUCCCGCGCGGCGGCGGACCCGACGGCCUCGCCCCCGUCGCCGUCAGAGCCGGCACCCGCGUCGUCUAUUCCACAAUGAUUAUGCAGCGCAGCCCAGAAAACUACGAUCCCCCAUCUGCACCGAACUACUUCGAUCCCGCGCAAUGGAACCCGGAGCGCUGGCUCUCGGGAUGGCAACCGAAACCAUGGCAGUUUAUUCCGUUCAAUGGGGGCCCGCGAAUCUGCAUUGGUCAGCAAUUUGCGAUGAUUGAGAUGGGAUACACAGUUGUUAGAAUCUUGCAGGCGUUUGAGCGCAUUCAGGCAGUGCCCGAGGCUGGUAAGAGUGUGGUUGAAGACCCAAGGUUGAGGUUUGAGGUUACUCUUACACCGGCUUCAGAGUUGAAUUGUGUUUUUGUGAGAGAUGGGGAAGGGAGGGAAGAUGAGAAGAUUUCUCGAUAA